AUGUCCUUAUCGCUUCCUUGUCGAUACGCUCUCUCUUCGGGGACGUCGACUCCUCUUCGCAUCAGCAGGAGCAACCUCUGCUUCGCCGUCUCCGCCGUACGUCCUUCACGUCGGGAUUCUAGAUCGUUCCCUCAGACUAUCCUCCUCCGCCACGUCACAUUGACCCGAUCAAAUUUCGAGAUCGUGCGUGAUUGCAGAGCUAAUGCGUCUUCUGUCAGCUCCUCUUCAAUCGACGACCUCGAAGACGCCGCCAAUUCCGACGGUUUCGAUUUGAGCAGCUUUAUAUCUUUCGCGGAGGCGCUUUGUAUCAUAUCCUCGGCCGCGAUUUCGGUGGUUCUCGCUGUGAAUUUCGUGGUGGUUGGUGAAAUCGGGAAAAAGGUUUUGUCGUUAGGUUUCGUGGGAUUGGUUGGGUCCGUCGCGUCUGGCUCAUGGCUUAGACGGCGGCAAUGGAUGAGGAUUUGCAAAGGAACGAGAGACGGUGAAGGGACGAAUCUAAUCCGAAGGUUGGAGAAACUUGAAAAUGAUUUAAAAACCUCGACCUCCAUUGUUAGAGUUCUGUCAAGACAUCUGGAGAAAUUGGGAAUCCGGUUUCGGGUCACCCGAAAAGCUCUCAAGGAACCCAUUUCUGAGACUGCAGCUUUGGCUCAAAAGAAUUCUGAGGCAACAAGAGUAUUAGCUGCACAGCAAGAGAUUCUAGAGAAGGAGCUUGGCGAAAUUCAAAAGGUGCUUCUUGCUAUGCAGGAUCAACAGCGAAAGCAACUGGAGCUGAUCCUAACGAUUGCCAAAAACGCGAAGAUGUUUGAGAGCAGUAGUAACAAGCAAGCACCAAACGAGCAACAGAAAGUUAAUAAAGCAGAGGAGCCCUCAACAUCCAAACAGAUACUCUUUCAAUAA